GAUCGAACAAUCGUCAAGUUGCUGAGUGAGAUUUCUGACUCUCUGGACCAUCAGCCCUCUCCCUUUACGAUAUUGAAGUGUUUGAAUUUGCAGCCGUACAGCAUGCCUCCUUUUGAUAUUAAAUCAAACAGCAUACCCUACAAAGUGGUCGACUACUUUCUUAAAGGAUCUUCUGAUGAAAAACCAAGUAUCAAGCUCUCAGCCCGUAAAAGAAAAGUGAAUUGAGUUCAGAAGAAGAACGUUGUUGCUGUGCUGCCCACUUCGUGAUAGUAUCUGAUUGUGGAUAAGCUGAGGGAGGAGGACGGUUCUGUCAUUGUUGCAGGAAGAAGUAAGUUGAAGGGGGAGCAUGAUUCUAUUAGUUGAAAGAUUUGGAUCUCUGAAUAAUUCGUUCAUAAAGGUGUCUAAUAUGGCAAUCCGGCAACCAUCGUCAGAUGGCCUUCUUGCUUGACUAGUCCACUGUAGCACAAUCUUUGAAGAUGCUCUGCCAUUCUGUCGGGU